ACCUUUAAGAGAGUCGCUCGGCUCUCUCGCACAUUGUGUCUUUACCGGUUCGACGCUGUCGUGUUGUUUUCUGUCUCAAUCUGUACCGUCAUGUCUGCUCAUUCCGCUGAAGAUCCGUUCCCUUUUCACGGGCUGCUUCCGAAAAAAGAGACUGGCGCUGCCUCGUUCCUCACUAAAUUCCCUGAGUACGAUGGCCGAGGGGUGCUUAUCGCGAUUCUCGACACCGGGGUGGACCCAGGGGCCCCGGGCAUGCAGACCACAACAGAUGGGAAACCCAAGAUUGUGGACAUCAUCGACACGACGGGGAGCGGUGAUGUGAACAUGUGCACUGUGGUGGAGGUGAAGGACGAGGUCGUGACCGGACUGACGGGACGCACACUCAAAAUUCCUGCUGCUUGGGUGAAUUCAUCUGGAAAGUAUCACAUUGGAAUAAAGAACGGUUAUGAUUUUUUCCCUAAAGCUCUCAAAGAGAGAAUACAGAAAGAGCGUAAGGAGAAGCUGUGGGAUCCAGCACAUAGAGCAGCUCUUGCUGAGGCCAGUCGCAGGAUCGAAGAGUUCGACCAGACUCACCCAAACCCAUCACAGAUGGAGAAACUACAGAAGGAGGAACUACAGUGUCACGUGGAGCUGUUAGGAAGUCUGGAGAAGAAGUACAGUGAUCCAGGGCCGGUUUAUGACUGUAUAUCUUGGCACGACGGUGUCACAUGGAGGGCUGUGGUGGACACUUCUGAGACUGGAGACCUGUCGUCCUGCUCUGUCCUGAGCCCAUAUCGAGAGAGACAGGAAUAUGCCACUCUGGGAUACGCAGAGAUGCUCAAUUACUCCAUAAACAUCUAUGACGAGGGAAACACUCUGUGUAUUGUCACCAGUGGAGGAGCUCAUGGGACACACGUCGCCAGCAUUGCAGCGGGUCACUUCCCUGAUGAGCCGGAGCGAAAUGGUGUCGCUCCAGGGGCUCAGAUCCUGGCUGUGAAGAUCGGAGACACCCGCCUCAGCACCAUGGAGACGGGCACCGGCCUCAUACGAGCUAUGAUUGAAGUCAUAAACUAUAAGUGUGAUCUUGUGAACUACAGUUACGGGGAGGCGACACACUGGCCGAACUCAGGGAGAAUCUGUGAGAUCAUCACAGAAGCUGUACAGAAGUAUAAUGUGUUGUUUGUCUCGAGCGCUGGGAAUAACGGCCCGUGUCUGUCCACCGUGGGCUGCCCCGGAGGAACCACCAGCAGUGUGAUCGGUGUGGGGGCUUACGUCACUCCUGAUAUGAUGGUGGCCGAAUACUCACUGAGAGAGAAGCUUCCUCCGAACCAGUACACAUGGUCAUCCCGCGGACCCAGUACGGACGGUGCUCUGGGCGUCAGCAUCAGCGCACCUGGAGGAGCCAUCGCCUCCGUACCCAACUGGACGCUACGUGGCACACAGCUGAUGAACGGCACCUCCAUGUCCUCUCCGAAUGCCUGCGGAGGGAUUGCUCUUGUGCUCUCAGGUCUGAAGCAGAACGGCGUGCGGCCCACAGUGCCAGCGGUCCGCAGGGCUCUGGAGAACACGGCUCUGAAAGUGGACGAUAUAGAGGUGUUUGCGCAGGGCCACGGCAUCAUUCAGGUGGAGCGGGCGUUCGACUACCUCAUGCAGCAUGCAUCGCUGCCUACCAGUAGCCUCGGCUUCACAGUGACCGUAGGAACACAGCGAGGCAUCUACCUCAGGCAGCCGACCCAGGUCACUGCACCAUCUGAUCAUGGGGUCGGCAUCGAGCCUGUGUUUCCUGAGAACACAGAGAACUCGGCCCGUAUCUUGCUGCAGCUGCAUCUGGCUCUCGUCUGCAACGCUGCCUGGGUUCACUGUCCAUCACACCUGGAGCUCAUGAAUCAGUGCCGCCACGUCAACAUCCGCAUUGACCCGCAGGGCCUGCGAGAGGGUCUGCACUACACUGAGGUGUGUGGAUACGACACGUCCGCUCUCAGCGCCGGGCCUCUCUUCAGAGUUCCUAUAACAGUCAUAAUCCCUGCGAAAGUAGCAGACAGUCGCAAUCAAGAGAUCACGUUCACAGACGUCCACUUCAGACCAGGACAGAUCCGCCGCCAUUUCAUUACCGUCCCUCAAGGAGCAUCGUGGGCAGAAAUCUCAUUAACGUCUCACUCUGGAGAUGUGUCGUCGAAGUUUGUCCUGCACGCAGUUCAUCUGGUGAAGCAGCGAGCGUAUCGAGCCAAUGAGUUUUAUAAGUUCUCAUCUCUGCUCGAGAAAGGCUCACUCACAGAGGCUUUUCCUGUGCUGCCAGGACGUACUUUGGAACUCUGCAUUGCUCGCUGGUGGGCGAGUCUUGGUGACGUCACCAUUGACUAUGUUAUUUCCUUCCACGGGCUGGUGACAUCACCCUCUCCUCUUCAUAUUCAUGCCUCUGAAGGGAUUUCUAGUUUUGAGGUUUGUUCUCCGUUGAGAUAUGAAGAUGUUUCUCCAACAAUCACACUAAAGAACUGGGUCCAGCCUCUCAGGCCUGUAAGUGCUAAAAUAAAACCCCUUGGUGCUAGAGAUGUGUUACCAAACAACAGACAGCUCUAUGAGAUCGUUCUCACGUAUAAUUUCCAUCAGCCUAAGAGUGGCGAGGUGACCCCCAGCUGUCCGCUGCUGUGUGAGUUAUUAUACGAGUCUGAGUUUGACAGUCAACUCUGGCUCCUGUUUGACCAGAACAAGAGACUCAUGGGCUCUGGAGACGCCUACCCACAUCAGUACUCUCUGAAGCUGGAGAAGGGUGACUACACGGUGCGUCUGCAGGUGCGUCACGAGCAGCAGAGUGAGCUGGAACGCUUGAAGGACCUGCCGUUCAUCGUGUCUCACCGUCUGUCCAACACGCUCUCGCUGGACAUCUAUGAGACGCACCGCGCUGCCAUGCUGUCCAAGAAGAAGGCCAACUCCAUCACGUUGAGUCCCAGUGCGACACAGCCCUUCUACAUCACUGCCCUGCCCGACGACAAGAUACCUAAAGGUGCUGGUCCAGGCGGGUACAUCACUGGCUCUCUGGUUCUGCCCAAGAGUGAGUUCGGCAAAAAAGCACAGGGACAAGCAUCAGCCAAACGACAAGGAAAAUUUAAAAAGGAUAUGGUGCCAGUCUUUUACCACCUGGUUCCUGCUCCUAACAAAAACAAGAAUGGGAAAGAGAAGGAGAAGGAUGCAGAGAAGGAGAAAGACGUGAAGGAUGAGUUCACUGAAGCGCUGCGAGACCUGAAGAUCCAGUGGAUGACCAAGUUGGAUAACAGCUUGUUGUAUGAGGAGCUGAAGGAGGUGUUCUCCACACACCUGCCGUUGCACGUUCAGAGACUCCAUCAACUGGACUCGGAGAAGGAGCGUUUGAAGCGCCUGCCAGAGAUCGCUGCUGCAGCGGAUACAGUGCUGUCACACAUCGACCAGACGGCACUGGCGGUCUAUCUCACCAUGAAGACGGACCCGCGGCCAGAUGCUGCAUCCAUUAAGAGUGACAUGGAGAAGCAGAAGGUGUCUCUGCUAGAUGCUCUCUGCAGGAAGGGCUGUGCUCUAGCGGAUCAGCUGAUGCAGCCAGCAGCACAAGAGGGCGCCAGCGCAGGUGAGGUGGGCAGCUCUGAUGACGAGCCGCAGAGCGUGGCCAAAGCAUUGACCGACACCUUCUGGGAGGUGCAGAAGUGGGCUGAGCUCACUGACUCUAAGGUUUUAACAUUUUCCUACAAGCAUGCGUUAGUAAACAAGAUGUACGCAAGAGCCUUGAAGUACGCUACUAAGAUUGUUGAGGAGAAAUCCAGCAAAGACAACUGGAAGAACUGCAUACAGCUGAUGCGUUCUCUGGGCUGGAUGCACUGCGUCUCCUACACCGAGAACUGGCUGCCCAUCAUGUACCCGUCUGACUACACACCCUUCUAAUGUCCUGUCGUGUGACACACACACACACACACACAUACACACACACACAGACAGUUGUUUUAAUGCCUUCUGGAAACCAUCAAGAACCAAGCACCUCACAUCACAUGGUCCUUCAUGGACCCCAUAAUGCCUUCCUGUGUGGAUCACAGCACUGAACCAACAGUUCUCAUCCUACAGCUUGAAUCUUUAUCGGUGUAUUUCACUUGGAUUUUUCAUCAUACUCAAAUGACACUUCAUUGUUCGUCUUCGCUUUGGGGAACUUGUAUAAAACCUGCGUUAUGUUGUUUGGAAUUUGAUUACUGGGCAUUUGCUUGGUGGACAUUUUCCCCUCAACAACAAUAACAGUUUCUUUCGGUUAAACUUCAGAUGAGCUGCUGAAUACAGAUAACGUCAAGGCAAUAUGAUGGACAUCCAGUGGAGUUCUGUGGGUGAACCGUCCAGCUCUGUUUCACCAUAGAAUCAAAGGAAAACUAUUUUUAAUUUUAGUUUUGUGAUUGACCCUUAUAUAUGUCAAAUGUAUGCAUGUUUUAUAAAGACACAAGGGUCAUGUUCAUGGCUUUCAAUAUUGUGCCGUUCUGAAGAAAGUCAUAGCUCGUGUGAUUGAAAGUCAUUCAAGUUUUCUUUUAAUUCUGAGCCUGGACUCAAAUGUAUUUCUGAAUUUGUUGUUUUGGUGUACAAGUGAAAAAGAGAUUGUAACUUUCUUUAGAGUUUAAAUGUGUGCACUUCUCUUGUGUUCAUUAAGGGUUUAGACAUUGAAAGCGUAUCAUCUCCAUUUUCCUUUGUGAAGGGGGAUGUUUGAAAGUAAGAAACAAAACCAGCAAUUCAUGCCACAUUUUCACUAGUACACGGUGUAAAGGGAACCAUUACAUCCAGAAGAUACGUCAUUUCACACUAACUCAGAGGGCUUUUGCUUUGGUUUGGAAAUGCAUUGGUGGCAUGAUCUUCCCCCAGUUUCUUCAGUUUUCUAUCAUGUGUGUUUGUGUUGUUUGUUGAUGUUCAGGGCUCAGGUGUCUUGAACGGCAGGUUCUUAAAAAAUGGCCUUAAAUAUUCACAAUCUUCAAACCCCAUCCACCUCUGCGUUUCUUCAGGAAAUAUCACAUUAUUCUGGAUCAAAAACCCUUGAAUAUCUUCAUAUAUAUAUUUAUGGAUGUCUUGUAUUUAUAAAAGUAUAAAUGAAUACUAGGUAAUGCCAAUAUUUUAAAGUCAUUUUAUUUCACACAUAGAGUAGAUAGGUGUUAUUUUAUAUCCAUUACUCCUCGUGAGAUAUUUCAGAAGUAAUAGCCGGUUAUUUUGUUAACAGUUAAUGUGCUGAACAAUGUAUUUGAUGAAGAUUCUGAAUAAAAUUAUCUGGAACUGAC